CUCAGAGUUUGCUCACCUAAUUAACUUACAAAACAUUUCAAUAGUUGAAGAUACAAUGAGGAUGGCAGCAAUAGCCAAAAUGUUGUUCAUUUCGUUUCUUUUCCUUUCAAGUGUAUUUCUUGCAAGAUCUGGAGAAGUUGAUGAUGAGAGGGAAUUUAGUUACGAUGAAAAAAGGGAGAAUGGACCAGCUAAUUGGAGCAAUAUUCGUCCAGAUUGGAAAGACUGUAGUGGCAAAUUGCAGUCUCCUAUUGAUCUUUUGGACUUAAGGGCUGAAGUAGUUUCAAACUUGGGAAUACUUCAAAAGGACUACAAACCAUCGAAUGCCACCCUCUUGAACAGAGGCCAUGAUAUAAUGUUGAGAUUGGCUGAUGGAGGAUACUUGAAGAUAAAUGAAACUCAAUAUCAACUCAAACAAUUGCAUUGGCACACACCUUCUGAACACACUGUUAAUGGAGAAAGGUUUAAUUUGGAAGCUCAUUUGGUACAUGAAAGCAAUAAUGGACAGUUUGCUGUUAUUGGAAUCCUCUACGAGAUCGGAUUAUUGCCUGAUCCCUUCUUAUCUAUGAUAGAGAAUGAAUUGAAAGUUCCUGCUGAUAAAAAUGGUAAAGAGAGAGCCAUUGGAACUAUUGAUCCAAAUCAAAUAAAAUUGGAUGGCAAAAAUUAUUUCAGGUAUAUUGGCUCUCUUACAACACCUCCUUGCACCGAAGGUGUUGUCUGGACAAUUGAUAGAAAGGUAAAAACUGUAACCAGAAGACAAAUAAAUCUACUCCAUGAAGCUGUUCAAGACGGAUUUGAAACCAACGCUAGACCAACUCAACCAGAAAACAAACGUUCUAUCAACUCAACAUACCAUUCCUUUGGUAUUGAAAAGCAACAGUGAAAUGAUUCUCUAUAUCUAGUUGUUAUCGACGUUAUUGUCUAUUGUACUAGUACAACAUGAUAUACUUAAAAUUUCAUUUAGAAAAUAAGGAUAAAAUAAAUGUCGACGAAAUAGCUGGUUUAACAUGUAUUUCGUGCUCCUGCAGACGUUUCUUGUUUGUGGGCAUAUGAUAAAUAAAGAAGUGUAAAGUUUACCUAAAUCGGUCGUAUGUGUUUUUUA